AUGUGCUUUGGAAAAAAACCUCAGGAUCCGGGACACCGGAGAAAUGAGGAGAUUGAAAAAGUCCUUCGAAAUGAACGGAAACGGCAAGAAAAAGAAGUGAAGCUGCUAUUGUUGGGUGCUGGAGAGAGCGGCAAAUCCACCGUCCUCAAGCAGAUGCGCGUCAUCCAUACCGGCGGCUUCUCGAGAAAUGAGCGCAAGCAAUGGCGCGCGGUCAUCUUCAACAAUUUGAUCAAUGCGUUCAAUACGAUCUUUUUGGUGAUGGAGGAACAUGACGAGAUGUUUGAAGACCAAGCAAAUACGGAAUAUAUGAACAAAAUUAAAGGCGACCCGGAAAUCGGACCGGAAGAACGCAUGCCGGCGGAAUACCUUGUGGCAUUCAACACGCUCUGGGACGAUCGCGGGGUGCAGAUGGCGAUGCUGAAAGGCAACGAGUAUGCGCUGCAUGACAAUCUCAGCUACUUCUUCGACGACGUGGACCGCCUAUUCGCGCCGAACUACCUCCCCUCGGAUCAAGACAUCCUCCGCACCCGACUACGGACAACCGCCAACCCUAUCAGCGAAACCAUCUUUCAGUUGGGGAACUUGACAUAUCGCAUGUUCGACGUCGGUGGACAACGUUCUGAGCGCAAGAAAUGGAUCCACUGCUUCGACAACGUGCAGGUUGUUCUGUUCCUCGUUGCCAUCAGCGGCUACGAUCUUGCACUCAUUGAAGACCGAAGCGGAAACCAAAUGAGCGAAGCCCUCAUGCUCUGGGAAUCCAUCGUCAACUCCAAAUACUUCGAGCGCUCCGCCAUGAUCCUCUUCCUUAACAAAAUCGACCUCUUCCGCGAGAAGAUCGCCUCCGGCAUGUCGCCGAUCCGCAAACAUUUCCCGGACUUCAACGGCAAGCCGGACGACAUCGUGGCCGGCCAUGAGUUCUUCUCGAACAAGUUCAAGAAACUCGUCCGCAGCCAGUCGAAGGAGAUCUACGUGCAUCUCACCAACGCGACCGAUACGGAUCUACUGAAGAAGACGAUGCAGAGUGUCCAGGAUAUGAUCGUGCAGCGGAACCUGAACCAGUUGAUCCUGUGAGUGCGCCUUCGGGAGGCGCGGGGAUGGGGGACAGCGGAUUGAUGUAUCAAGCAGGAUGUAACACGCUAGCGGCAGACGGCCGGAUUUUUGCCGGAUAUCUUCUUCACUUCGUGGCGAAGCUAAGUAUGCAUUUUGGGUGGUCGUCACGUUUUCGAGAUUCCGGCGGCAAGUUCUUCAACCAUCUCUGGAGGAAUUGGUGUGCAUUCAAGCGUGAUUCAGGCGGGGAUUUUCCACUCCGCUUCGGUGGGCGCGGCGUCCAAAAAUCGAGAAUCGGAUUGAACCUUUCGGCGGCUCCUCCGGACGGACAUCAAAAGUGGAUUUAACUCGUUCUCAUACCAAGUACAGCAUGAUCUUGUGGAGGAAGCGUGAGUUCGAUCAAGACUUGAGAAGCGAUGUGAGUCAAGGCUUGGGGGCAGACGGAUCGGAGAGAAUCCUAUGGUUGCACGUAGGCAAUUGGGAU